AUGGUGUUUGAAUACCUCGACAUAAUCAACAAGAAGAAAAUUAUACUCGCCUCAAGCUCGCCACGAAGGAAAAUGAUAUUUGAGCAACUUGGUUUGAAGUUUGAAGUUGUCGUAAGUGGCUUUAUAGAAAAUUUAGACAAGUCACUUUUCAAGACAGAGGUUGAUUACGUGACUGCAAAUUCAAAAGGGAAAUGCUUUGACGUUGUCAAGAAGAUUCCUGAUGCGGAUCUUAUAGUUGGGUGUGACACCGUUGUUCUUUUUGACAAUAAAAUAGUCGAGAAACCAAAGGAUGAAGCUGAUGCGUAUCGCAUAUUAAACAUGUUGAGUGGAAAAGUCCACAAGGUUGUAUCCGUUGUGACAUUGGUAUGUCCACAAAUCAAAGUAGAUGGAGAACCACUCACUGAAAUAUUCCACAAUAUUUCGAGUGUCGAGUUCGAACCAUUGAGUCAAGCGUUCAUUAAAACUUAUAUUGAAAAGGGACUUUGUUAUGGGAAGGCAGGAGCUUAUGGUAUUCAAGACAUAGGAGGAUGUUUUGUUAAAAGAAUCGACGGGUGCUAUGCAAAUAUCGUCGGGUUCCCUACACCAGCUUUCUGUGAACACCUCGAUGACAUCGUCAAAAAGUAUUGGAUUUCUUAA